AUGAGAAGCAAGGUGAGUAACUGGAAGUCGAAAUUCCUCUCUCAAGCAGGGAAGGAGAUCCUCCUCAAAGCAGUGAUACAAGCUCUUCCAACCUACUGCAUGGGUGUUUUUAAGUUGCCAAAGUCCUUGUUAAAGGAAAUUAAUAAAGUGAUGCACCAAUUCUGGUGGGGCCAACAGGAUAGGGAGAAAAAGUUGCAUUGGGUUUCUUGGAAUCUCAUGGGAAAGGCUAAGGAAGUUGGUGGAAUGGGUUUUAGAGAGUUUGAGAGCUUCAACUUAGCAUUGUUGGCUAAGCAAGGCUGGAGGGUAAUUCAAUACCUUGACUCGUUGGCUUCACAAGUUCUUAAGACCAAAUAUUUUAGUAGCUUUAAUUUCUGCCAGGCCAAGAUGGGUGCAAGACCAUCUUUCAUAUGGAGAAGUCUUUUGGCUGCUAAAAACCUCAUAAUUAAAGGAUCUAUUUGGAGAAUUGGAGAUGGUAAGGAGACAAAAAUUUGGAAGGAUAGGUGGCUUCCUAAACGUUCCUCUUUCAUGAUUCAUUGUCAAGGGCAGACUAUAGAUGAAGAAGCGAAAGUUGCUGAUCUCAUUAAUGAAAACACGAAGCAAUGGGAUAGAGAGAAGAUAUUUAGCAUGCUAGGUCCUUUAAAUGCUACCAUAAUCCAAAGAAUUCCCGUGAGUUCUACAGGUGCAAAAGACAAGCUAAUGUGGUUAGGCACAAAGGAUGGAGGCUUUACAGUGAAAAGUGCAUAUCACCUUCAGAAGGAACUAAUAGCAUAA